ACUGUACAAAAUUAUUAGUACUCAAUCAAAUGACAUAUUAAUAAGACGUAUAUGGUAUAUCAUAUUGCGUAUAAAAUAUUAUCAUAAGAUAUGGAACAUUUCGUUGAAGAAGAACUAAAGACGAUUGUUAGUGAAGGUGCGUUCGGAAAAAAUUGUAGCUUAAUGUCGUUCAAAUUAUAUAACUGUAUGGCUGACAUGGAAGAAUGGUGGUACGAAAAAAUAUUUUGUAACAUUACAACUUCGGACGGAUCACACUAUAGCAUAAUGAUCAAGUUAAAAAUUCAAGAUUUGGAAAUGCGUGGUUGUUUUGGAUGUGACUUUUUAUUUAAUAAUGAACUAAUUUUUUACAAAAAGAUCGUACCGUUCCUAUUAGAGUGCCGAGGGCCAACAGUUAAUGAUGCACAUGCCUUAUUUGUACCACGUUUAUUUUAUGGUCGUAAUACAUUCAGUAAAUUAACGGCAAAUGAUGUAAUUAUUAUCGAAAAUGUUAGUAGCUUAGGAUAUUGUUUAAGCAAUACGAAAGUUUUCUUGGACUAUGAACAUUUAAUAAUUGCACUUCGGACAAUAGCAAAGUUUCAUGGACUGUCGUAUACUGCCAAACACAAACAUCCGGGCAGAAUUUACGAUAUCAUGGAAAACGUUCAUAAUGUACAAUUUGAUGCUAACGGGCACUGGAUGUCCCAAAACGAUAUUUUUAAGAAGUGUGGUAAACGAGGUGUGAACCGACUGUUGGAACGGGAUGGGGACAGGUACCAGGACCACGUGCAUAUUCGCCGCUUGAAUGAGCUCUUCGACGACGCUGACAAAACGCUAAUGCAGACAUUAAAAGCUCAAGAACCACUGUCGGUCAUAUGUCACAGCGAUUUCCACCGCGACACGUUGUUAUUCCAGUACGACGAGGAUGGACGUCCGUUCGACGCGUUGACCAUAGACUUCUAUUCUGUUCAUUACGGGUCACCUGCGUUGGACUUGUCGUCGUUCUUAUACAUGUCUACCACGCAGCGGGUGCGAGAGUUGCACUGGGACGACUUUCUGGACACCUACUGCGCCGCACUGGCCGCGUCCGUCCAGCCCGAUGUCCCUGUCCCCGGUCGCGCUGAAAUUGAUGUCGAGAUGGCCGAGACUGCCAUCAACGCGUUCGCAAAAGUGUCGUUUUGCCUGCCAUUCAAGUUACGCGACAGAAGCGAUACAUUGGAUUCAUUGGCGACGAGUGACGAUCCGUUGGACUACUUCCUGGAGUUGGGUGGCGAUAUGGCAACCGAAUGCUUGGCUGACAUGGUUCAGCAUUUCGUCGAUAUGGGCUACACAGACGUGAGACGUGAGUCAUGUGACGUCAACUCAAAUCAUGCUAAGGAUGCAAAGUCAACGUACUGUGAGAGCUCUCAGCAGUUAAGCUAAAUUGAGCGUAUUGGUCCUUGGAUAUUUACAAAUAUUUUAUAUUUAUAUUAUGUAUUAUUGUAUUAGUGGUUGAUUUUAAUAUUUUUAUAUCAGUUUUAUAUCUGAUGUGUUAUUGCUAAAGACUUA